AUUCAAAUUUAAAACAGCAUACAAAAAUUGUAAGGAUUUAAACAAAGUUUUACAAGUAUCCAGAUUUUUAUUUGAAAAUGUAUCAAAAAAUGAAAUUAGAGUAAUGGAGCCAAUAUUCACAAAUCUUUAUCAUAGAGUGUUACUUUGUAAUGGUAUAACCUUGGAAAAGGUUUUGGAGAUCAAAAAAGAAUUUGUAAAUUACGGUUUAUUCGUGGACGACAGCAAGCAUAAUAUUCACCUAUAUCUAUCAAUUAAAUCUAAAAGAUUUAAAAAAUAUAUUGAUAAAUAUAUUGACAAAGCAUCAUCAAAAAUAGAAAUCUCAUUCAAAAGUCUACUAUUAACAAAUGUUUCAAAUCUUUCUAAAACACAAUUAAAAUCAAAAUUGCUAAAAGAAUACUAUUCAGGUUUAUCUUUGGAAAACAUUAUCAAGUUGGAUUUCAAUAGUUUAUUUAUUAUUUUAUCAAAUAACAAUAAAAUUUCUUUUUCUUCAAAUAUAGAUUUUUUAAUAGAAAUACAAAAUUUGGUUUUAUUGGAAUCAUAUUUAAAAUCAGAGUCAUCAUCAAGUUUUAAUAUUGAUAUUAAUAAAAUCGAAAAAAAAUUAAAAAUUUUUUUUGAUUUUAACUAUUACAAAAACAUAUUAUUAGAAAUUAAUAGAAUAAAAAAAUAGUAUAUUAAAAUAAAAUUUAAAUAAACAAUUAUUUAUUUAUC